AUGGUCCGCCUCCUUCCUGGCCUUAUUCUGCUCCUAGCAGCCGAGGCCUCAGCCGCUUGGAAUGGCACAUGCAAUAAGAAAUCGCAGCGCAAAGCAUGGCACAUGAUGUCGGUGGAUGAGAGAAAGGAGUACAUUGAUGCCGAGCUUUGUUUGAUGGAGCGUCCCCCGAUUGCUGGAAUUGAAGGCGCUCAGAAUCUUUGGGACGAACUUCAGUUUGCGCACAUAACCCAGUCGAACAUUAUUCAUAAUGUGGGAGCCUUUUUACCUUGGCAUCGAUAUUACAUGCGUGUUCAUGAAUACCUGUUGCAAACUGAGUGCGGCUAUAAAGGUGGUCAGCCUUACUGGGAACAAGUUCGUGACGUUGAUGAUUUUGCUGGAUCUGUCAUUUUUGAUCCCAUCACUGGGUUUGGCGGCGAAGGCAGCGAUUGCGUCGUUGAUGGCCCCUUUACGAAUUUGAGAAUGCAUAUCAACGGCACUUCAAACUCGGCCGAUUACUGUCUUUCACGUGCUUUCAACGCCACCGCUUUUACGACUGCAAAGCAGGAGAAUAUCGAUGAGUGCUUCAGUCUCGAGAAGUAUGAGGACUCUUAUUCUUGCUACCAGGCACUACCACAUACGGCAGGUCAUUUUGGUGUUGGUGGUACAAUGUAUGAUCCCGCCGCAAGCCCUGGCGAACCACUCUUCUACCUUCAUCAUACCAACCUGGACCGUCUUUGGUGGGAAUGGCAGCAGGCCAAUCUUACAUUCCGGCUGACGGAUAUGGGAGGACAGAACAUGCCCUCGGAGGAAUUCCUGAGGGAAAACGGUUUCCCAGAUCCCACCCCGGGCGUCGUCGAUUAUUUUGGCGAUGGCGGUGGCAAUGUGACUACUUUGAACCACAACUUGUGGAUGGUAGGCGUUGCACCGAACGUGACAGUGCGAGAAGUUAUGGACAUUGGAGGACCAUUAAAUUGCGCUGAAUAUGUGUGA